AUGAGUGCGGCAUCGCUUGGACGCAGGGGAAGCAAGGCUAGCUUCGCGAGUCUUGGUGCUUCCUCCGUACAUGGUAGCACCUCGAAAACCGCGCAUCUUGCGUCGGCGGAUGUGGUCGCAGUUCCAAGCAUCCCCGAACGAUUCAUGCAGCCUUCUACGAGUUCCGAUUCCCCGGUCGCAGCCGCUCCGACCGCGGCUGGUAAGUCCCUACCAGAACACGAUGAUGCAGCAGUUCCACCCGAGACACAACAGCUCGCGCCCAUGAGCAAACCUACUCUUCGAGUCCCGUCCGCACCAGCGGCUGUGACAGAGUGGGGUACAGCCGACAAAAACGUCUUGCCACAGCGCUCGAGCUCGCAGGGACACGAACACGUACGAAACAAAUCGCUCGGCUCCAGCGACUCGACCGGCGCUAUCCGCUUGGCUGUCCAACAGCUGUCUUCUCAUAUGGACAAUGCUUGGAAGGAGUCGCCUGUUCAAGAGGUUCACGUAGCCGAAAAGCCCGAAACCCCAAUUCAAGGGUGGGGCCCAUCACCGCAGCUGCCGGAUCUCGGUAUCCACCAUCACAAGGAAAGAUCAGGUAGCUUCUUGGACGAGCCAGAGAUGGCAUCCAGUAGCAGCUUUGACACGAUUGAAGCUGCAGCUCCCCUCGCCUCUCGCUCUGUCUCUGCAUCGUCCAAUCCCAAUACACCUGCAGCUUUUCGUUCAUCUCGAGGGCCUAAGAGCAACAAACCCGCCGGACUCGGAAUUCAUCCUGACACGCCCAAUCCACGAGUGCAACAGGACUCAAGCAAUGCCGACCACAUCAUUGAGUCGGCAAAGUCAAACACAAAAGGAUCGCCGCAGUCGAACAAAAGACCUGCACCUCUUCAAUCCACGAACUUGGUGUGCAAACCGACUUUGCCUACCUCGCCACCAGGUGCAGACUCGCCACAAUACGUCAUCUCGACUCGCAACAGCCAGCCCGAUUCGGUCGAUCUCUUUGCCGAGAAUCUGCGUCGUCGAACGACCGGUUCUGGUGCCAGCCUGGUCAGCGCACGAUCUUUCGAGACAGCCGCCGAAAGUGCGGGGCUCGAUAGCGCGGAUCCCAAACCCACCUCAUUCAGUCCAAAUUCAAUCGAACAGCUAAAGACCGCUGAUGCCGAUCGCAACAGGUUGCAAGGACUUUCUCAUGAUCAAUCUACUGUCAACACUGAUUCGCCUCUGACGGCGCACGAUGUGCCGCCAAUCCAUUCGCCAGCUGCGAAGGAAGGCGGGCGUCUCGGGCAAGAUGUCUCUGACGGCGGCGAGGAUCACGAGCAGAGCAUCCGGCUCGUCAGAAAGCGCUCGAACACCGAAGGUAUCAACCUCUCGCCGGAAACUCACAACGGCCGCACCGCAACGAUCAUCACUGCUCCCGCAUCGCCAGACAUGGACCCGUCUGCACUACCUAAGGUGGUAGAGCUGUCCGAGCAUUCGUCCUUGCGACCUGGUAAUAACGGCAGUCUGAGUCGUAAGCCUUCGCUGUCAUCGGCCUCCGUUAGAGGCGGUAAUUCCGCACUGCUUUCAACCCCGUCUAUACGCAGAAGUCCUUCGCCCAUCUCUUCGCCGACAUCGGCAAGAACGAGCUUGGACGCGUCUGCUGCGCGAUCUGUCAACGAGACCACAGCGGCACCUCCUUCUAUCAACACGUCCGCCAAAGAGCUGGCGACCAAGUGCUGGGAUGAAGAUCCGGACUUCUUGAGUCGAGAAAAGAUUGCCGAAUGGCUCGGUGGCCUUGGCUUGGUCAACCGCGCAGCGCGAGGCUUCUACUUUGCCAACUUUGAUUUCAGUGGCUUGCGACUCGACCUCGCUUUCCGCCGACUUUGCGACAAACUCUUCCUGCGAGCUGAAACGCAGCAGAUCGACCGCAUCCUCGCUGCCUUUUCGCAGAGAUAUUAUGAAUGCAAUCCGGACUCGAUAUUUGGCAGCGCCGAUGUAAUUCACUCGGUCGUAUUCAGUAUUCUGCUGCUGAAUACCGACCUUCACAUUGCAGAGCUGCAGGAGAGGAUGACGCGACAGCAGUUCGUUCGCAAUACGCUCGGUGCCAUCGCUGAAAGCAGGACAGACGAGCAAGCUGUGGUGGCUCGAGAUGACAGCAGGAGCAGCUUCAGUGUCGCCCGCAGCGACUUUGCGCCCAGCACCGACGCCGUCCCAGCAAAGGUUGAUCCCGCACAGCGUCGAAACAGCAUCAGCAGCUACCUGGUCAACCGGUCCAAGCCGACGUCGAGCGUAACGAAUUUGGAAACGUCUUCGGAUGCUGUGCACCAAGACAAUUCUCGACCGGGUACAGCCGCCAAUGGAUCUAAAGGCAAAGAGGCCGAGAUCGAGACGCUGCUUAGAGACAUCUAUGCGGCGGUCAAGUCCGAACGCAUCUUGCUGCCGAGUCCCGAGACCAGUUCGGGAAGCAUCGCUGCUGGAAGGCCGUCUGGCACCUUCAGUCCGAUGGGCGGCGGUGGUCGUAGGAAGAUGGGCACGGGAAGCGAUCGGAUGAUGGCGCUGAAGCGCGGGUCCAUUCGCGGCAUUCAGGGGUUGCUGGGCGGCGGAGGACUCAAUGCGUCUCUGUUGGAUCCGUCUGUCAGUCCCAAUCCGUCACGAAGCUCGGUCGACUCAUGGGGGCGAACGUCGCAGUCUUUAUCCGCUGUGGAACGUGCGGGCAUGCUUUCGCCUCCGCCUUCCAUCACUCCUGGGUUUGCGAGCACGCUCACACAGACGAUCAUCAAAGAGUCGAUGGAAGAAGAUGCAGCUUUGGCGCAAGCUAAAGGGUCUACGACGACAGAGACGCCGCUGGAUGACGAGGAUGACGACGACCAGCUGGCGCUCGCCGGUCCACCCUGGGCCAAGGAAGGCUCGCUGACGCGGAAAUGCUUUUGGGAGAGUACGGGCAAGCGGGCCAAGGACAAAAAUUGGACCGAGGUGUUUGUGGUCGUGUCCAAAGGAACGUUGUCUAUGUUCCGCUUUGGAAUCGGCGGCGGGUCGUCGUCCGGUUCCGGUGGCAGCGCGUACAAGGCGAAAGGCUGGUCUUCCACUACGGUGCAGUCGGCCCCUGCGGGCGGGCCGGCGGGAGCAGUGCUGGGUGGCGGCAACUGGUUGUCCAACGCCACGUGUCUCGGAGAGAUCCCUCUGGCUCACUCGCUCGCCAACGCGCUCCCCCCACCGGGUUACAACAAGACGCGACCGCACGUGUUUGCGCUCACUUUACCCGGUGGGAAAGUAUAUCUCUUCCAAACGGGACACGAGGAGCUGAUCAACGAGUGGGUGAGUACGUGCAACUACUGGGCCGCGCGCCAGUCGAAGGAGCCGCUACCGGGAGGGGUGAGCAAUAUGGAGUACGGAUGGAACAAGGUGCUCCCGCAGCUGGAUGGGGAUGAGUACGAGGAGCUGGACAAUUUCGGCGAGUAUCCGAGCUCGAGUGGUGGACACGCCGCGGCGGCGGCAAGGAUGGCGCGGUCGUCUUCGUCCCAACUCCAAGCGUCUAGUACUGAUUCGCGGAGCAUGCAGAGUGGGAACACUUCGAGAGCGCUCGUUGCCUCACCUGCGACGUCCGCCGCGGCCUCGGUCAGCACCUCCGCCAACGUCGGCUACCUGACGAACGAACGCACAUUUAUCAACGAAUGGCGCACGCCGCAGCUGCCCACGGUUGCCUCGACGCUGGGCGAAGAACGCCAGCUGACACGCUUGGAGAAGCAGGUGCGCAGCAUCGAGGCCGAGCUCACGCUGCACAACGAGCUGCGCCAACCCAUGUUGCAGCUGUACUCCCCCAAGGGCGGUAAUUAUGCCAAGGCGUUGGGCAAUUGGGAAAGGAAGAGCAAUCACUUGUUGCAGGAGCUGGUCAAGUAUCAGAGUUACGUAGAGGUUCUGAGGAAGAGUGCGGAUAGCAAGGCCGAGAGGAAGGCGAAGAGGGAGGUGGAGGAGAUGGUGAGGGAGGGGGAUGAGAUGCUGGCUGGGUUGAGGAUUUGA